UUAGCAAAGUGCAGAAACCAUUAUAAGGUUUGAAUUUUCCCAACAAACAAAAACAGUUAACAUCUGUUUUCUCUUCUCCCCUCUUCUCUUCUCAAUUUCUUUACCAUUUUCAUUGUCAUUCUGUCUCCUCAUUUCCUCCUCCUGAGGCUAAAAAGGCCACAAGUCUUUUCUAGUUUCUCGAGAAACAAGUUUCAGACAUUAUCAUCUCGAGGGCUUAGAAAGAUGGCUGCAAGAAGACUUAAAGGAAAAGACACUAAAGCAGUUACCGCCGUAGCCAUUGAUAAAGAUAAAAACAGCCAACACGCUUUGAAAUGGGCUGUCGAUAAUAUCAUCGUCGAUUCUUCAAACUGUAUCCUUCUCCAUGUUCAAACCAAAUUGAGAAUUGGUGCAGGAGAGAACACAGAGGAUACACAUGACAACCAGGAAGAGGCGCACCAGUUCUUCCUUCCCUUUAGAGGAUUCUGUGCUCGGAAAGGGAUUAUAGCAACUGAGGUUCUUCUUCACGAUAUUGACAUCUCGAGUGCAAUUAUUGACUACAUCACCAAUAAUUCCAUUGCAAAUAUAGUCCUUGGAGCCUCUGCGCGAAAUUCCUUCCUCAAGAAGUUUAAGAGCGCAGAUGUGCCAACGACAUUGCUUAAAACAGCUCCAGAUACAUGUGCUGUCUUUAUUGUGUCUAAAGGUAGGCUCAUAACAAGCAGAUCAGCGACUCGGACUCUGACACCUCAAGGUCCUCAACACUCUCCUCCUCCUUCAAAAAAACCCGCAAUGAUGUCUGAUCCUGGUCCACCAAGUUAUACCCCUUCCAGUGAACCCGGAAGGUCAUCUCCUGCGUUAAAAGGAGAUUUUUCUCCACCUAAACCUCAUUACAAGCCAACCAUUAACAGGAGUCCUCUGUCAGAGCUUAGCAAUGAAUCCUCUUCCAGCGGUCACAGUGCUGAAUCAAAUGCUAGUUUCUACAGCAUCCUAGGACGAUCCACCUAUGGUGGAAGCCCGCACUCUUCCACAUCCAUGUCUGAGAUGACUGAUGGAGAGGAAGGCUUAUCUGGGGAAAUUAUCACUGAACAUCAGGAUCAAAAUCUUGAAGCAGAGGUGAGAAGAUUGAGACUCGAAUUGCAGCAGUUUAACGCUUCCAUGUGUAGAGAAAGUGCCCCUCAUCUUCAAGUACCUAGAGCUACCGUGGAAACUGAAAAGCUGGAGGAAUCAAAGGCAGCAAGAGAGAUGCUUAGGGCUUUGUCUGAGAUGGAUAAGCAGAAAACACAGAGUGCGAUCCAAGCAGCUGAAAUGGCACAACGUCUAGCGGAAAUGGAUACCCACAAGAGAAGACUUGUGGAGAUGCAGGCCAGGUUCAAGGAACAGAAGAUGGCCAAUAGUAUAUCCUACAGAAGAUAUAGCAUAAGAGAUGUUGAAAGUGCUACAGACGGGUUUUCAAAUACUCUAAAGAUUGGGGAAGGCGGGUAUGGACCUGUGUAUAAAGCCGUUCUUGAAAACACUUCUGUUGCCAUCAAAAUCUUGAAGUCAGAUAUUUCACAAGGCCUGAAGCAGUUCAACCAAGAGAUCGAGGUUCUAAGUUGCAUGAGGCACCCUAACAUGGUGAUCCUCCUCGGUGCUUGUCCCGAGUAUGGCUGUCUUGUGUAUGAGUACAUGGAAAAUGGAACACUAGAAGAUCGUCUCUUCUGCAAAGAUAAUACUCCACCAUUAUCUUGGAGAGAACGGUUCAGAAUCGCUGCUGAGAUUGCUACAGGACUUCUUUUCCUUCACCAGGCCAAACCCGAGCCACUAGUACAUCGAGAUCUGAAGCCAGCAAACAUUCUGCUAGACAGACAUUUCAUUAGCAAAAUCAGUGAUGUUGGUUUAGCUCGGUUGGUACCUCCCGCUAUUGCUGAUAGCUUCAGCCAGUAUCAUAUGACUGCUGCAGCCGGUACAUUUUGUUACAUCGACCCCGAGUACCAGCAAACGGGAAUGCUUGGAGUGAAGUCUGACUUGUACUCAUUUGGUGUGGUGCUUCUGCAAAUCAUCACAGCGAUGCCAGCAAUGGGUUUAAGCCAUAGAGUAGAGAAAGCAAUUGAGAAGAAGAGACUCAGAGAAGUUUUGGAUCCAAAAAUAUCAGACUGGCCUGAAGAAGAGACUCUGGUUCUAGCUCAGUUGGCUCUGCAGUGCUGCGAGCUGCGGAAAAAGGACAGACCUGAUCUUGCUUCCGUUUUGCUGCCCGCACUGAGCAAACUACGGGAGUUUGCAACAGAGGAUCAUGAAGUAUGUAACUCCAACAGAAUAUUUUCUGUGUCACGUGCUCACAAUUCGGUUCCUCUUUCCCCAAUAUCUUCCUCUCAGGUUGG